AAGAAGUUAAUCUUAUCAAGACCAUAAUAAACCUACGUGUCCAGUUACUUUGCAGCGAGUUCCUUCAGCCAUGGCCGAAAAUAUGACUCUUUUUUGGGGCUCCGGCUCUGCUCCGUGCUGGAGGGUGAUGAUUGCCCUGGAGGAAAAGAACCUGCAAGGGUACAAACAAAAGCUGCUCUCCUUCGAAAAACUGGAACACAAGUCACCAGACGUUUUGGCUGUCAACCCCAGGGGACAGCUUCCUUCUUUCAAACAUGGAGACAACAUUUUGAAUGAAUCCUACGCAGCCUGUUUUUAUCUGGAGAACCAGUUCAAGAGUCAGGGGAGCAAACUGAUCCCAGAUGGCCCCGAUGAACAAGCCAUCAUGUACCAGCGCAUGUUUGAGGGCCUCACUUUUUAUGACAAAUUAGGUGCCGUUAUUUACCACGAGUAUUAUGUGCCCGAAGGCGAGAGGCUCGCCUCCGCCGUGAAGAGAAACUGCCAAAAUCUCAUCACUGAGCUGCACCUUUGGGAAGGUUACCUGGACAAGACGGGAUCCCACCUGGUGGGUUCUUCCUUCACAUUGGCCGAUGUGAUGGUGUUCCCAACUGUUGCUAAUCUUUACCGAUUUGGGUUGUCGCCUGAGCGCUACCCCAAAUUGGCCGCGUAUUACGCUCUGCUGAAGGAUCGACCCAGUAUCAAAGCCAGCUGGCCUCCUCACUGGCUGGAGUACCCCAAGGGUCAAGACACGCUCAAAGACAUCUAACAUGCACGUCACAGGCUUAAAAUUUUUUAAUUUGCACUAUCGCCACUUAUGACGCAAUCUUAUAUUGCUGUUGUUUCAAAAAUAGCCCGUAAAACUGACGUUUUUAUGCUAAUAAUUCAAUCAUUCAAAGGCAUUAUGCUUGCAAGUUAAAAUAAAAUCAUGCACUUUAAAUGAA